AUAAAAAAAUUUCCUUGUACUUGUAACUCAGACGAGUCCGGCAAAUUCCAGUCCCAAUCUCCGCCCUUCCAUUUUUGGCAAACUCCGACAUCUAUUUUUAGCAACCUCGGACCCGAAAUCGCCGCGUUUCUCCCUCAGGUCCCAGCUGCUUUGUUAUGGGUCCAAAUCCAUGCGACCCGACGGCACACAAAUCGAUGUCCGUAAACAUAGUUCAAAUUGAAACAGACCCACCUCAGCUCAGCCCCUCGACCCCACCACCUCCUCCUCCGCUUGUCCCAACCCCACCUUGCUGCAUUACCGGUCCGGCUCCUCCACUCCCUGGAGCCGCCCGUCAUCCCCAACUAGCUCGCCGGGAAUCUGCCUCACUGGGAAUCUGCCUCACUUGGUUUUCAACCUCGGAGGCGCAGCCGUCGUAUUGGGAGAUGGAUAGUGGGCUAAAGAUGCAGAGGAGGGCCUCGACCAGGAAGGUGGCUGAGAGGGCAUGGUGUAGCAAAAAGCGAGCGAAAUGGUUUGUGGGGGUGAUUGGAUUGUUGGUUUUAUUUUUCUUGAUGAAUUGCGUUAUGCUCUUGCGGCUUCAAGAUCAUGGGAUCCGUUCUGAAUCUGGGUUUUCCGGGAAUUCGUCUGUGUCUUCGGUUUCUGUCACCAUUCGGGAAAAAUGGAGAAAAAUUGGUAAAGGAAAAAAGGCACAGAAGGGUAACUAUGGAAGGAUGCUGGCUUUGGCUUCCCUUGCAUUGGCAGAGGGGCAGAAUAAACCUGUGCCGAAAGAUCUGUGGCUGGAGCCAUUAGUUCCUGCUGUUUCCUGGAAACCUUGUUCGGACCAACGGAGCUGGGAACCUAAUGCGGGGAAGAAUGGAUAUAUUUUGGUCACUGCAAACGGUGGGAUGAACCAGCAGCGAGUAGCUGUUUGCAAUGCUGUCGCUGUUGCACGACUACUCAAUUCAACCCUGGCUGUUCCCAAAUUUUUGUAGAGCAGUAUAUGGAGAUGUGAGGUGACUUAUUUUCCUUUUUCUACUCAAGCAUUUUCCUUUGUUUCUUGUGCUAUACGGCUGAUGUCAUUUAGCUUCGGGAUUCAAAACUCAAAUGGGGUUCGAUGGUUGUUGGGGUGAUUCUAAUAAUUGUUUCACUGUUCAUAUUUCUGUUGAUCACGGUCAAAAUGGUAAUAUUUGUGGGUGCUUUCUUCAUAUACUGCUCAUGUUCUGAUUGUAGUAGCUUCGUGUAUCCUAUAUCUCAUAUUUUUUGCCUUUGAAAUAAUGAUAACUAAUUGUACGAUUUCAUAGUCAGGUUGGCGAUAUCUAUCAGUAGGAGCAUUUUAUUAACUACUUGACUCCUGAUAUUCGGAUAGUGAAGGAACUUCCAAAGGAGCUACAGUCAUUAGAUUUGGAAGCAAUUGGUAGUGUUGUGACAGAUGUAGACAUCCCCAAAGAGGCAAAGCCAAGUUUUUACUUGAAACGCAUCAUCCCCAUUCUACUUAAGAACGGAAUUGUACAUUUUCUUGGAUUCGGGCAUCGCUUGCCAUUUGAUCCCAUACCAUUUCAAUUGCGGAGACUUCGAUGCAGAUGUAAUUUUCACGCCCUUCAAUUUGUCCCCAAGAUACAAGAAGUUGGUGCUUUACUUCUUCAAAGAUUGCGCCUAAACAAAAGUCACCCUGGACAGCUUGAUCGCUUUUUUGUUGGGUCAUAUGCAGAACCAGUCAAGAAACAAAACAAAAGCCGUGCUAAGAAAGCUUCCAGAUAUCUAGCUUUGCACCUGAGGUUUGAAAUUGACAUGGUAGCUCAUUCUUUAUGUGAGUUUGGUGGAGGUGAUGAAGAGAGAAAAGAGUUGGAAGCAUAUCGUGAAAUCCACUUCCCCACACUGACACUUCUUAGGAAGACUAAAACGCUGCCUACUCCUGCAGAGCUCAGGGAAGAAGGCUUCUGUCCCUGAACACCUGAAGAAGCAGUACUAAUGCUUGCUGCUCUUGGUUUCAACCGGAACACACGUAUAUUUGUGGCAGGUUCACAAAUAUAUGGAGGUAGAUCAAGCAUGAUUGCUUUGACUAGCUUGUAUCCGGAAUUAGUGACUAAAGAAAAUUUGCUCACACCGACUGAACUCGAACCUUACAUGAAUUUUUCAUCACAGUUAGCAGCACUGGACUUCAUAGGCUGCACUGCUGCCGAUGCAUUUGCCAUGACCGAUUCAGGAAGUCAGUUGUCAUCCUUGGUAUCCGGUUUUCGAAUAUACUAUGGUGGAGGAAAAAUGCCAACAAUACGGCCAAACAAACGCAGGCUUUCAAGCAUCUUUAUGAACAACUCCACUAUUGAAUGGCGUGUGUUCGAGCAGAGAAUUCGAAAAGCAGUUAGACAAACUAAACACAUCCAGCCAAGGCCGAAGGCAAGGAGUAUGUAUAGGUAUCCACGGUGUGACGAGUGUAUGUGCAACAUGACAAUAUCCUCCUGACAUUUGCUUCCUAGAUUUGUGUCAUGUUUUUUCUGACAGCUUGCCGUAUCCGCAUAUCUGACUAAUCCGGAAGGGUACGUUUGAUCUCCGCUCCAAUCCGACCAGGACAACCCACCAGAGGUGGCCACAUACGAGCGUCCCCCAUAUGGUUAAUUCAAUUGUAAUAUGUAAAUUCACAUGAUUUGUAUAAAACCAUUGAUCCAAUCAUAAUUUAAUCAUUCAAAUUCCAUU